AUGGCUCUGAUUUUGAGUGUUCUUUGUGUGGUUUUAUUCGGAUUUCAUGGUGUUGAAGGUAAUGUUAAGGAGCUGGUGAUAAAGGAGAAGCAACCUGCGACCAUCACUUGUGACAAGAAUUAUCCAUCGACAGUCUUUUGGCUUCGACUGAAAGAAAACGGCCAGGGCUUUGAGUACAUUGCGUCGUACAGCAAGACUAAGAAAUCAGGCAAAGUAGCUGAAGGAGGUAACUACAAAGUGGCUGAAAAAACCUUCGAUAUAAACAGUUUUGAAACACAGAAAGACAGUGGCACUUACAGCUGCGUUUUCAUCAACAACAACCAGCUGGAAUUCAGCAGCAUCACCAAACUACGCGGAGAGACAGUCCCAACAACAAUCAAACCGAAGGUACAAACAACCCCCAUGCCGACAGUGCCUACGACUAAAGCUGUGGUGACAUGUGGACAGAACUCCAGAGGGAAAAAGGCUGAAAAGAUAGAUGUGCUUUUGGGUUGUGAGCUGCACAUCUUCAUUCCUUUGGCUGCUGGCUGUGGAUUUCUCCUCCUGCUUCUGCUCAUCACCAUUCUUUACUGCAAUCGUAUAAGAACAAGACGAUGCCCUCACCAUUACAAAAGACAACCCCGAGGCAGAGCACCAGGACACAAAACUCUCCCCAAUCCUCCAGACUAUUAAACACAGUGACCAAGAAAACAGUGUUAAACAUUUCAGUUUCUUUUUAAAUUUAUAUUUCAUACUUUUCUAAUCCUACGCAUUGCGUGAGGGGCUCUCAGAUCUUCAUUUUAUAAAAAUUAUUUCUGCAAGUAGUAUUCCUUGAAACGCUUAACCCAAAGACUAUUUGGAAUUGUUUCUUAGAUAAUUUUAAAAUAUGCUUUUUUAAAAAACAAAAAAACAAAACAUUGUACUUGUUAAGAUAUUUAAUUUGGCUUCUUUUUUCUACUUCUACUUUUUCUAUAAUAAUAAUAAUAAUAAUAAUAAUAAUAAUAAUAAUAAGAAGAAGAAGAUUUAGUUAUUUUUUUGUUAAUGUUUCUGUUGUUGUUGCACCAAUUUUCUUAAAUGUGUCUAAUCCCAUAGUUUUAAAGCUAUAUCUACCAAACUUUUGACAUACCAUGCACUUACGCAAAACAAAGUAAAAAUCCUCCGAACCGCCCACCUGUAAAUGGUUUGAUGUUCUGUAUGAACACCAAACCAUGCAGAGCCCCCCCCCAAAAAAAAAUAAAUAAAUACAGACUUAUUUAGCUAUUUUUGGAGAUUAC